UUGGGGCUCGGUGCCAUGGCCAGGAGCAGCUCCCUGAACGUCCGGGUGGUGGAGGGCCGGGCACUGCCCGCCAAGGAUGUGUCCGGAAGCAGCGACCCCUACUGCAUCAUCAAGGUGGACGACGAGGUGGUGGCCAGGACAGCGACAGUGUGGCGGAGCCUGACCCCCUUCUGGGGGGAGGAGUACACGGUGCAUCUCCCGCAGGACUUCCACCAUUUGGCCUUCUACGUGCUGGACGAAGAUGCAGUGGGGCAUGAUGACAUUAUUGGCAAGAUCUCGCUGAGCAAGGAGGACAUCACAGCUGACCCCCGAGGGAUCGACAGCUGGAUCAACCUGAGCCGAGUGGACCCCGACGCCGAGGUGCAAGGUGAGAUCUACCUGGCCCUGCAGUUCAAGGAGGAUGCCUGCGGCCGCUGCCUUCACUGCCACGUGCUCCAGGCCAGAGACCUGGCACCCCGAGAUAUCUCUGGCACCUCCGACCCUUUCGCCCGCGUGUUCUGGGGCAGCCAGAGCCUGGAGACGUCGAUCAUCAAGAAGACGCGCUUCCCGCACUGGGACGAGGUGCUGGAGUUGCGGGAGCUGCCGGGGAGCCCCACCCCACUGAGAGUGGAGCUUUGGGAUUGGGACAUGGUGGGCAAGAAUGACUUCCUGGGCAUGGUGGAGUUCACCCCGAAAGACCUGCAGCGACAGCCCCAGGGCUGGUUCCGCCUGCUGCCCUUCCCUGGGACUGAAGACACCCGGGGGACCCUGGGCGCCCUGCGCCUGAAGGUGCGUCUCACUGAGGACCGUGUCCUUCCCUCUCAGCACUACCAGCCGCUUCUCCAGCUGCUCGUGGAGUCGGUGCUGCGGCCAGCAGAGGAGGACGUGGCCAGCCCCCUGGCUGUGCUAGAGGAGCUGACUCUGGGGGAUUGUCGCCAGGAUCUCGCCACCAAGCUGGUGAAGCUCUUUCUGGGCCGAGGCCUGGCCGUGCCUUUCCUGGACUACCUCACCCGGAGGGAGGUGGCCCGGACCACUGACCCCAACACCCUCUUCCGCUCCAACUCGCUGGCCUCCAAGUCUAUGGAGCAAUUCAUGAAGCUGGUGGGCAUGCCUUAUCUGCACGAGGUCUUGCGGCCCGUGGUCACCCGCGUCUUUGAGGAGAAGCGAUACGUGGAGCUGGACCCCUGCAAGGUGGACGUGAGCCGUGCUCGGAGAGUCUCCUUCAAGGGUGCCCCCUCGGAGGAGCAGGUGCGCGAAGCCAGCCUGGGGCUGUUGACUGGCUACCUGGGGCCGCUCAUGGACGCCAUGGUGGAAUCCUCGGAGCACUGCCCACUCGCCAUGCGCUUGGUCUUCAAGAAGCUGCAGCAGUGCGUGGAGAAGCGCUUCCCUCAGGAAGAGCACAAGCAGGAUGUGAAGUACCUGGCCAUCAGCGGCUUCCUUUUCCUGCGGUUCUUUGCCCCUGCCAUCCUCACCCCAAAGCUGUUUGACCUGCGGGACCAGCAUGCGGAUCCCCAGACCAGCCGCUCACUUUUGCUACUGGCCAAGGCAGUGCAGAACAUUGGCAAUCUGGGCCAGCAGCUGGGCCAGGGCAAGGAGCUGUGGAUGGCCCCCCUGCACCCCUUCCUGCUGCAGAGUAUUGCACGUGUGCGGGACUUCCUGGACCAGCUGGUGGACGUAGUUGGCGAACAAGAGGCUGGGACCCCUGCCCGCACUGUGGUGCCUGCCUCGGUGAUCCUCCGGGAAGGUCCCCUACUCAAGCGCAGGGACGAAGCCACCAGCCUGACUGCACGCUUCGCCUUCAAGAAACGCUACUUCUGGCUCAGUGGGGAGACCUUGUCCUAUUCCAAAAGUCCGGAGUGGCAGACGCGGUGCUCCAUCCCGGUGGGCGACAUCUGCGCCGUGGAGCGCGUGGACGCGGGCGCCUUCCAGCUGCCGCACGUGAUGCAGGUGGUGACGCGGGACGGCGCGGGGACGCUGCGCACCGUCUACCUGCAGUGCAAGAACGUGAACGAGCUCAACCAGUGGCUGUCGGCGCUGCGCAAGGCCAGCGCCCCCAACCCGGCCAAGCUGGCCGCCUGCCACCCCGGCGCCUUCCGCGCGGCGCGCUGGACCUGCUGCCUCCGGGCCGACCGUGCGGCGGCUGGGUGCAGCCGCACGCACUCGGCCGUCACGCUGGGAGACUGGAGUGACCCCCUGGACCCGGACGCGGAGACCCAGAUGGUUUAUCGGCAGCUGCUCCUGGGGCGCGACCAGCUCAGGAUGAAGUUCCUGGCGGAUCCCAGCCUGGAGAACCGGGAGGACUCGGAACCUGGCGAGGACCAGGGGGCCCACCCUGAUGCCCUGGGCAGGCAGAGAGAGGCGGCCGCCCGCCUGCUAGAGGUACUUGCAGACCUGGAUCGAGCCCAUGAGGAAUUUCAGCAACGGGAACAGGAACGAGUGACGGCGACCCUCAGCUUCUUGGGGUCCUGA